AUGAGUCUCAGCAAAGAAUAUAUUGUCCCCACGGAUAUGGCCGUCGCACGUCGCGGCGGUCCUCCCCGCAAUGGCUGUCAAUCCACCAUCAAAGUUUCGCAUGACCAACAACUUAGUUAUGAAUCAUUCGUGCUCGCGAAUGGCGAGAGCAAAGUUGAGAUGGAGAUCGAUACACGUAUUCCUUCCUCUGCCAUCUUCACUUUUAAUAAGGAAGAUCACACUCUUGGAAAUCUAAUUCGCUCCCGCCUCCUCCAAAACUCUCGUGUGCUUUUUGCUGCUUACAAGGUUCCUCACCCGCUUGUGCCGAAGUUCGAACUCAGGGUACAGACCGACGGUGAGAUCACUCCCAAAGAAGCCGUCGUUGCCGCGUGCCAUGAACUUGUUCGAGAUCUGGGUAUUUUGUCACGCGAAUUCACGAAGGAAUAUGAGCUACGGAAGAUGGUGGGAGCCACCCAGCAGCAGCAGGAUGGCCCAUCCUUCAUGCACCAAUCUUCAUACUCUCAAUUCCCACGCGCUCAGCAACCCCCCCCGCAUCAGCAACAGCAUCAGACGGGGUUUGCCGCCCAGCCUACCGGAUAUGGUUCCCAGUUGUCUGGAUUUGGAGGCUCUCAUCUGCAGCCUCAACCAACAGGAUUCUCUCCAGGGCAGUUACAACCCCAGGUCACCGGUUUCCCGCAGCCGCAGCAGCAACCUGGCAGCUUUCAGACUUCUGUGCAGCCAUCCCAGCUCACAGGGCUCCCCAUCCAGAGUCAACCUCCACAGCUCCAAGUCCCUUCGACUACCGGCUUGCCUGUUCGGCUGGCCCCUCAGACCUCAUCCGAGAUAGCAGACUCAUUCAGGGAUAGCGCUGGUGCCGCUCCACCCCCGCCCCCCAAAACCCCAGGAAGCAAGAUUCCCAACAUUCGGCUUUCGUUCAUUACCGCACAAGACCAGGCUAAGUUUGAGCAGCUCUUCAAAUCAGCUGUUGGGGAUAGUCAGACGAUGAGUGGAGAAAAGGCUAAAGAUCUCCUUCUGCGGUCAAGGCUUCCAGGGAGUGAUCUGUCAAAGAUAUGGAUCUUGUCGGAUACCACUAAGUCAGGCCAAUUGUUUUUCCCGGAAUUUGCUCUGGCUAUGUAUAUGUGCAACAUACGGAUCACUGGCAGAGAUUUGCCAGAUGCUCUCCCUGAGAAGAUCAAGAAUGAAGUCUCCAGUAUGGUAGACAUUAUUUCGUUUCAGGUUCCUGACACCCAACCACAGCCUACUAUCCCAACAAAUGUCCCAAGCUUUGAUGCGCCGUUAUUGGAGAACAAGUCUGCCCCUCCAGCUCCCCAACAACCGCAGCCUCAUCAGCCGACCAAUUCCCAGCUUCUGACGCAGCUCACAGCGCAACCAACUGGAUUUCUCGCCCAACCAGCUAACUUCCAGUCUGGUCAGGCAUCUUUCCCGGGCCAAAGCUCCAACCUCGUUGCGCAAGCUACAGGCUUUCCCGUGCAGCCCCAGCAACAGUUCCUACAGCCACAGCCAACAGGUAUGAUGGCCAAUCCUCAACCUACAGGCUAUAGUGGGCCCCGGCCCCCUUUGCCGCCGAUGCCCACUGGCUUUGGGUCCAGCCUUAGUCCAGCACAGACUGGCGGGAUUUCUGGCUUGGUCGCACAGCCUACUGGAGCCCCCGGUCAAUGGGGCUUUGUUAAUGCACCAUCUUCUGGAUUGCCUAAUAUAGAAGCCCUCAAGCAGCAACUUAUGCCCCAACCAGGCCGUGAGGGUGGCUUUUCAGCUGCUGGCCUUUCUGGAAAUGCCCACAUCCCUUGGGCAAUCACCAAGGAAGAGAAAAAGAUCUACGAUGAUUUGUUUCGGGCAUGGGACGGAUUCCAUAAAGGCUUUAUCGGUGGCGAUACUGCUAUUGAGAUCAUGGGACAAAGUGGCCUGGAUCGGAAAGACCUCGAGCGCAUUUGGACACUGGCUGAUCCCCACAAUAGGGGCCGGCUCAACAUGGAUGAAUUUGCUGUGGCCAUGCACCUAAUAUACAGAAAACUUAAUGGAUAUCCCGUCCCGAGUCGUCUCCCUCCGGAGCUAGUGCCACCAUCUACAAGAAAUCUCAAUGACUCUAUAGGUACUAUCAAGUCGAUGCUUUCUCAGGAUGCAGAAAGUCGAAAAGCGUCCGGCGCUUUCCUGCAACCGCAGAAAACCGGUGUCAGCUAUCUCAAGGAACAUUCAUUCCGUGGCGGUGGUGCAGUGUCUCCUGGACUUGGCCGCAAAGAUGCUACCUUGUUCAAAAACAACGACGAAGCUGCUGCCGGGUAUCGUUCUAGUGCCCGUCGCCGUGUUGGAAACACCGGUCGGACGCCUUCGCCUGCUGCGUCACAAACAUCGGAGGAAGAAUUGUCUAUUGAUCAACUGAAGAAGAAGAUCCGCGAGGCCCAAAUUAUGUUAGAUGCGGUCGACUUCCAGGACGAGAAUCGCUCCGAGGAAAACGAUGCCUUGGACCGUAGAGAUCGCCGGGAAGCGGAGAGCCUUAUGGAUCGAAUUCGGCGUGUGCAGGACGACAUAGACACACACCCGGAUGCAGCCUUCCGCAACCUUGACAACGGUGCCGAGCGAAGGUCCCUACGCCGUCAGCUUCAAUCUUAUGAGGACCAAGUUCCUCAAGUAGCGUCGGAUGUUCGACGUAUUGAACGAGAGAUUGCAGAAGCUAGACUUGAGCUGUUCCGCCUGGAGGACGCAAAGGCUCACCCUAACAGUGCAUCAAAUAUUGUGGGCACUGGACCUGGGGGCGCAGUGACAGAGGCGGAUCGUAUCAAGGCUCGUGCUCGCGCCAGAAUGCAAGCCCGUGCCGCCGAGCUCGCCGGACGGCCCGCCCCUUCCUCGCAAGACGAUGAUGGAGCCACGGCUCGACGAGUUGAAGCUCAGAGUGCUAAUAUUAAGUUAGACAGAGAAAAGAACGAUGCUAUGACUCGUGGCGUGGAGGACAGCGUUAAAGAGUUUUCUCGAAGCCUUGAGGAUAGCCUGAAGGAUGAGAAUGAGAAUUCAACACGCGAGCAUGAAAGGCGGCGGUGGGAAGAUGCCCUGGGGGUUGAGGAUGUGAUUCGAGACUUUAUUUAUGAUUUGAAACGUAGCAGCCGAACCGCCCAUGUUAGGAAAGAAGAGGAAUCGCGGUCGGCGCAGGAGGAGCGUUCUCGAUACGAAGAAUCAUCAGCUGCCAAGCCUUCUCCUCCGUCAAGGGGCUCCACUGGUUCUUUACCUGGCUCUACCCACGAGGACCGUGUUGCCGCCGCAAGAGAACGAGCGCAGAGGCGCAUUGCUGAACGGAUGGCAGCUGCUGGCCUCAAACCCAACAAUAACACGGGGGAAACUCUUCUCCAGCGUCAGGAGCGCGAGAAAAAAGAGCGCGAGGAGCGGUUGAAGCGUGCGGAGGAAGAAGAUGCUAGGCGUGAGCAAGAAAGGCAGCGCCGACUAGCCGAAGAACAAGGUGGCUCUACGGAACUAGUUAAGCCAACUGGCAAGAAGCCCCCGCCAGCACCACCUUCGAGACGGGGCCGUACAGACAGUGCCGGACAGGCUGAAGCUAAGAGGGCGGCAGAAGAAGUUGCCAAGGCAGAGCAGGCAGCCCGGGAGCAAACCAUGCGAGAGGAACAACAAGCACAAGAGGAGAGGAAACGCCUCGAGGAUGAUACCAUGCAACGUGAAGAAGAGUUCCAGAAAGAGAAAGAGUCACAGGAGGCCCGUCUCCGAGUACUUCAAGAACAAGUACAGCAAGGCAAGAUCAAAAAACAGGAAGCGAAGCGGCGGAAACAAGAAGCAGACCGACUAGCAAAAGAGCAGGAGGCAAGGCUUACUGCUCAGCGUGCUGAACUCGAGAUGGCCAAAGAACGGGAACGGCAGUUGCAACUGGAGUUGGAAGGCUUGGACGAGGGAAGCUCCUCUGACGAAGAAGGCCCCGAAAAUGUCACCCCUCAGCAUAGCACCCCAGUCCAAAGCCAGGUUCACACUGAAGUGAAGACUGCAGCGUCUGCUAUUCCCUCGGCUCCGGUUCCUGCUCCUGCUCCUGCUCCUGCACUAGGGUCGGAUGGGCUAUCUAGUCCGAGCGGCUCCCCAAGCAGCAACCGCAGUACCGGACUAUCUCACCUUAGUCCAGAGGCUGAGUCGAAGAACCCUUAUUUCAGAAGGAUCAGCCAGCCUACAGAGGGCCAAAUUGCUGCACCGCCACCUGUUCCUCAGGCCGCUAUCACUUCCCCUAAAGCUGAUGUUCAGUCUACUAACCCUUUCCAUCGUCUUGCACAGCAACAAGAGAGUGCGAAGCCUGCAUUUACAACAGCGGGACCAAUAGAACGCGUGUCUCGUGCACGUCCUGAGGCGGACGAUGACUGGUCUGCUGCAGGAUCAGACUUUGAUUCUUCUUCAGACGAUGACGAUGAUGAGCGGCCUGGUGGUGGUAGUGCGAAGCAGCUUGCAAGCAUUUUGUUCGGUACCAUGGCGCCGCCGCGGCCUCUGAGUGCGAUGGACGAGAAGUCCCCUUCAAAAUCGUCCACCCCUGUGCCAGAUACUCUUGCAGCUCCGUCAGCGGCGCCUGAGUCAGAUGGAACCUCGUCUAACCCUGCUGCUACUGCUGUUGCCUCUCCUCCACUACCACCUCCACCCCCACCGCCGCCCGCACCGGCUUUCUUAGCAGCGCCUGGCUCUGACCCUUCGAGUGCGCCCCCCCCACCGCCACAGCCUGCACCUCACAUGGCGCCCCCGCCUCCCGGCAUUCCUCCGCCACCCGCUCCUCCUGCUGCACCGGCAGGAGCAUCUGAUCGAAGUGCCCUACUAGCUUCGAUUCAAGCCGGUAAGGGGCUUAGGAAAGUCCAGACAAAUGAUCGGAGUACUAGCUCUACUGCAGGCCGUGUGCUAGGUUAG